GCAAGUGGUGCAAGUCCUGUUCUGAUCCUUGUAUCCGUUGAUAUCGAUGCUCUUUGUGCUGCACGUAGCUUGACAGCUUUGUUUGCCGAAGAUGAUAUCGCACACAGAAUAUGUCCUGUGGAUGGAUAUACAACCCUUGGCAAGAUUAUUGAGGAGGACGUCGUAGGAAAUGCAGGAUUACAUACGAUUAUCAUGCUCAAUUUAGGUUCACUGCUAUCCUUACCGAGCUACUUUACGACUCCCAAUAAUCCAAUGCCAAACGCAUACAUCCUGCCAAAGACGUGCUCAGUUCAUCUGAUCGAUUCACAUCGUCCCUACAAUCUGGACAAUCUUUUCGCUACAUCCGAAAUGAUGGACCAAAUAUUCGUUUGGGAUGACGGAGAAAUUGAAGAGCGUUUAGGUCGAGAAGAGAAGGCAUACACAGCACUAGAGUUUAUCGAUGACAUGAGCAGUAGUGAAGAAGAGGAUGAAGACAGUGAACAGGAAGGAACGAGUAGCAGCGCUGAGGAGAGCGAUGACGAUAAUCCAGCCGACUCCGCAUCACAGACAUCUCAAAGACCCAAAAAGAGACGGAAAAGACGUGAUCGUGGUGAGGGUGAACCAAGUCCUAUGCCAAAGACUAAAAAGCUGCCGGCAAAUAUUCUUGCAAGUCAUAGAAACGUAUUGACGCGUUAUUACAACAGAGGGACGAUGUAUGGCAUGGGCGUCUCUGCCAUCAUGUUCUUGCUUGCCGGUCGAUUGGGAAGAGCGGACAAUGAUUGUUUAUGGUACGCAAUUGUUGGCUUGACGUCGCAGUACAUCAAUUCACAAAUCCCACAUGGUCACUAUGAAGAACUGGCAAAGUCCAUGUCAUCUGACGUUCGAUCGCUCAAUCCUGUCACAAAUCGGGACGCCAAGGGACCGGCAAAGCCCGCUGAUGCUGAUGACGGUCGCAUACGUGUUAUCCAGAAAGAGCUUCGGUUCACUCUUUAUCGUCAUUGGAGCUUAGAGAGUAGCAUGUACCAUUCCUCUUAUGUAGCCGGUAAAUUGGGAUUAUGGAAAGAGAGAGGAAUAUCGAAGCUUCGAGGUUUGAUGGCCAAGAUGGGAUUAUCUUUAGCACAAUGUCGACAGUUAUACGAGCAUAUGGAUUUGGACUUACGACAAACUCUUGUUUCACGCAUUGAAUCUAUCGCUCCUGAAUAUGGUUUGACAGAAUGCGUCUUUCCUUCGUUUAUGCGCACGUUUGGGUUCAGAAGUUCACCGAUGAGUGCUGCCGAUACAGUGGACGGUCUUGAAGCCCUCUUAUGCGCCGCACAUGGCAUUCGUAUUGAAGUUGACGCACCAGGAUUAGCAUUUGGUGGUGUGGGGGCAGGGGUAGGAGGAUUACGAGGUGCAUAUGCGGCUGCUAUGGGUGAGGCAACGCAAGGCAGUGAUAUGUUUGGCACAAAGCGGAUAUGGCAAUGCAAGCCAGUUUCUGGACCAUCAAAAGAUUCAGAUGGAGGUAAGGCACCAAGAACGGAAGAUGCAAAUGAAACGCAAGAUUCCAAUACACAAUCAGCCGUCCCCUCUCAGGCAAAUGCUCAUUGGUCACAAAACUUCUUUACUGCAUACAAUGCUCUUGAUAGUCGAAAGACGGAGAAUGUUCGUUUAUUACGUGCAAGUUUGAGCUUAUCAAAAGCGCUUCACGAUAUGGUGAUCAAGCAAGGUGUUUUCAUUAUCGAAAAACAGAUGAUCAGAACAUUGCGCAGCUUUCGUUUGGUUAUUUUGAAAGAUGGCCCUGAUAUGCGUUUGUUCACAAAUGUUCAAGUUUUAUCUCGACUUGGAUUUUGGCUUGUAGACGCUCUUCGUGAUAUUGUUGAACAGCAACAGAGUCAAAAGCGAAAAAGGAGAAAAGGAGGCGAAGAUGACGAAGAUGAGGAAAAGUCAUCAGCCUCUUUGCCUUUUGUUUUGGCUGCUUUGGACGAGGCAAGAGAUCGUUAUACCGUUGUCGGUAUCAAUGCAAGUAUGCAAUAUGGAAACGUCGUUCGCAAUCUGUUCGGUUUGCAUUUUCAAGAGGCAGCGACAGCUUCGCAUGCACGCACCAAACAUGAUCAAUUCGAAUCAAGCGCUGUUGAAGUUCGACAACAAGACUUCAGUGCAUUCGUUGAAGAAUUGCAU